UUCCGUGUAGUGCAGGUGGAGGAGUGCUGGUUCAAGUCUCUGGCUCCCCUGAUGGAGGAGGUCAGGGGUCAGAUGGGAGGGGGUCCGGUGUACCUGAGUUUUGAUAUUGAUGCUCUGGACCCCGGCUUUGCUCCGGGCACCGGGACCCCCGAGAUCGCCGGGCUCACCCCCAUACAGGGAGUGGAGAUAAUCCGUGGCUGUCGGGGUCUGAACCUGGUGGGCUGUGACCUGGUGGAGGUGUCUCCCCCCUACGACACCACCGGAAACACGGCGCUGACCGGAGCUAACCUCCUGUUUGAGAUGCUCUGCGUCCUCCCCAACGUCAAAUACCUCUGAUCUCAAUGAAUACACAUGAAGUGUUGUUUACAGCCAAUGAGAGGAUAUAUGCACUACUGAAGAUUAUUCUAGUCUCAUAGUCUUUGAGAUGAAUUACAAUAUCAUUCUGUGCUUUAUAAAUGAAAUAUAAGAUGUAAUUAAAAUGUAAAAUAAUCUAAUAAUAAACGGAGUUUCGUGUGUGGGUCACUGCCCUCAUCCUUUGA